UUAUUUAUGUUUUUACAGUGUCAGAGAGAAAGAGAGUGUGUGCGUUUGAAAAAGGUGAAAUCUUUGGGCAAAGGCCGGUGAUGAAAGGUCCAAACCUAACUUUUCUCAAGCUCAAGUGUGACAAGACUUUAAUCUGAGAGUUGGGUUUGUGUUGAAUUUGGGUGUGUGGUUGGGGGGUUUUUUGUGGAGGUUCGAGUUUCGUUUCGUGUUUGUGAGUGUGAGACUUUUUGAGGGGUUGGUUUUGGGAAGCCAAUGCAAUUUGAGGAGUCUUUGGAAUUGGAAGAGUGUUGGGUAUUUGUUCAAGUCAUAGAAAUAGAGUGAGUGAAGCUCCAUGUCGUGGGCUGGCCCUGAUGAUAUCUUGCUCUCCACCUCUCUUGCUAGCUAUCUUGACAAAAAACUUCUGGUCUUGUUGAGAGAUGGUCGAAAGCUCAUGGGGAUACUACGUUCUUUUGAUCAAUUUGCUAAUGUUGUUCUUCAAGAUGCAUGUGAUAGAGUUAUUGUUGGCGAACUUUAUUGUGACAUCCCCUUGGGUCUAUAUGUAAUCCGUGGGGAGAAUGUUGUCUUAAUUGGAGAGCUGGACUUGGAUAAGGAAGAGCUUCCCCCUAAUAUGACUCGUGUGUCAGAAGCAGAGAUAAAAAGGGCUCAGAAAGCAGAAAGGGAUGCUACAGAUCUGAAGGGCUCCAUGAGAAAAAGAAUGGAGUUCCUUGAUUUUGACUGACUGAUACUGCCAUGGUAUGAGGUCAUGCCUUGUCCGCAAAUAUUAGUGCGGCUGUGACCUAAAUAUGAACGAUGCAGGUUAAGCUUACCAGAUUUACACCGUCUUUCUGGAGGGGGCAGCAAAAGAACAGUUGCGACUGUUAUGAGGACCUAAUUCACCAAGGCUAGGAGGGAAGUCAAGUUUUGGAUCUCUUAGAGGCAAUGAUGCUUCAUCUCCCCCCUAUUUGGUUUCUUGUAGUCCUUACAUUUGGUUUUUCUUAUCUAUCAAACACAAUUUGUCUGAAAUUAUUAAGAGUUGCUCAUUUGGCACCGCGUUUUUUAUGGUGUCAUCAUUUCACUUCAUGUGUAAGAUGGUUAUUCUUGUUAUUCACUUUAUAAUUUCAUGCAGCUGGUUCUUUAUGUAACUAUUGCUGCUA